UUCCGAAUCAAACAUGCACUUUCCUAACUCACUAAGCUUCACUUCCGCUCCUGCCAUGCACCUUUCUCAGUUACCUGGCCAUGUUCACAGUGCCCACUUGGGUAAAACCAGACCCAGAAGUCAAAAGCCUACAAAUUCCACUUCAGGGUGUUACAGUAUCGAAGACUGCUUGAGACCCGGAAGGAAAUUGAAUCGAGGGAGUGGGUUGAGAUAUUCGAAUUCGAAAGAUUGGAGCUUUGUAGUGAGGUCCAGUUCAACGUUGAGUGUGGAUGAAGUGGUGGAGAGUGAUGGAAAGGCAGGUGGGAAGACUGGCUAUGAUGCCAUUGUUAUAGGGUCAGGGAUUGGAGGGUUAGUUGCAGCCACACAGUUGGCUGUGAAGGGUGCCAAGGUUUUGGUUUUGGAGAAGUAUGUGAUUCCUGGUGGGAGUUCUGGGUACUAUGAGAGAAACGGUUAUACUUUUGAUGUUGGGUCUUCUGUCAUGUUCGGUUUCAGCGAUAAGGGCAAUCUAAACUUGAUAACACAAGCACUGGCAGCAGUGGGUUGUGAAAUGCAGGUGAUACCUGAUCCGACUACUGUCCAUUACCAUCUACCCGACAAUCUUUCUGUUCGAGUACACAGAGAAUACAGUGAAUUUAUUUCAGAACUUACUGCUAAAUUUCCCCAUGAAAAGAAAGGGAUCCUAAAAUUCUUUGGUGAAUGUUGGAAGGUUUUCAAUGCCUUGAACUCUUUGGAACUGAAGUCACUCGAGGAGCCUAUCUACCUUUUUGGACAGUUCUUUCAGAAGCCUCUUGAAUGCUUGACACUAGCCUAUUAUUUGCCUCAAAAUGCCGGGGACAUAGCUCGUAAGUACAUUCAGGAUCCCCAACUGUUGUCUUUCAUUGAUGCGGAGUGUUUUAUUGUGAGCACAGUCAAGGCUUUGCAGACACCAAUGAUAAAUGCGAGCAUGGUGAUGUGUGACAGGCAUUAUGGUGGAAUUAACUACCCUGUUGGUGGCGUAGGGGGAAUUGCAAAGUCCUUGGCCAAAGGUCUGGUGGAGCAGGGCAGUCAGAUACUUUACAAGGCCAAUGUUACUGGCAUCAUACUUGAUCAAGGCAAAGCUGUAGGAGUAAGGCUUUCAGACAAGAGGGAAUUUUUUGCCAAAACCAUAAUAUCGAAUGCUACAAGAUGGGAUACCUUUGGAAAGCUGUUGAAGGAAGAAGACCUUCCAAAGGAAGAGGAAAAUUUUCAGAAAGUUUAUGUCAAGGCCCCAUCUUUUCUUUCCAUACACAUGGGGGUGAAAUCUGAUGUUCUGCCACCAGACACAGACUGCCACCAUUUUGUGCUUGAGGAUGAUUGGACAAGGUUAGAGGAGCCAUACGGAAGUAUAUUUCUAAGCAUUCCAACUAUUCUUGAUCCAUCGUUAUGCCCAGAAGGGCGUCAUAUUCUUCACAUAUUUACAACAUCUUCCAUUGAGGACUGGGAGGGACUCUCUCGAAAGGACUAUGAAGCAAAGAAGGAGCUUGUGGCGGAUGAAAUCAUCAGCAGAUUAGAAAACAAACUAUUUCCAGGGCUCAAGUCAUCCAUCGUUUUUAAGGAGGUGGGAACGCCAAAGACACACAGGCGGUACCUGGCUCGUGAACAGGGUACUUACGGACCAUUACCACGCAGAACUCCUAAGGGUUUAUUAGGAAUGCCAUUCAAUACAACAGCCAUAGGUGGUCUUUACUGUGUUGGUGAUAGCUGCUUUCCAGGGCAAGGUGUUAUAGCUGUAUCAUUCUCAGGAGUAAUGUGUGCUCAUCGAGUGGCUGCUGAUAUAGGCCUUGAGAAGAAGUCUCCAGUACUGGAUGCUGCCCUUCUUAGACUACUUGGGUGGUUUAGGACAUUAGCAUGAGACUUUGUCUUGCAGGAUAAUAUGUGGAGUGAAGCUUGACAAUUUUCAUGGAGAAGCAUUAUAUUGCUUGGGUUGCUGGUAAAGAUGCAGCAAUGAGCAGCAGAUUGGGGCUUAUUGAGGGAUGGAAGUGUAGGCAUAUCUUGCUUGUUACUUGUAAUUAUCACUGUUAAAUAGCAAAUUUGGGAAGGUUCAAUGGUUCAUGUUUUCUGGGUUUAGAGAUGGAAGAGAGAGGAAGAGAAGUAGUCAAAACG